AUGGACGAGGAGGUGCGUGAGCUCGUGCAGCGGUACGGCUUCGACGCCCAGCUGGAGGCGCGGCUCGUCGAGAACCUGCGGGGGCGCGCCCGCACGUUCACGGAAGACAUGCAGGCCCUGCGUGGCGCGCUGCGGGCUGCGGCGAACCCGCGGGGGGCGCUGUCGCUGAAGCUGCGCGAGAUGGAGGGCGGCACCUUCCGCGCCCGGGGCCGCAGCCCGCCGGCCCGCUCCCGCAGCCGCGCCGCCGCGCGGGCGGGCCGGGAGCGCGCCCGCGGCCGGGAGCCUGGGGGCUCGCCCGAGAGGAGCUGA